CUACGAAGCCCUAGCGGUGGUGGGUGGCUUAUCAGUUUUCGCGGAUUUGCGAUUCCAUCGAUCCUUUGGCCGAGUGGAGGGGGCUCCGGUGUGCACCAAGUGUGAAAUGGAUAAAACUCGUUGUAAUUUCUAAAAAUCUAUCAUUUUAUUGCUUCUUAGUGUUUAGUGAUAACAUACGAUAAGAGACGGAGGAGAGCUACAAAUGAGCAGCAGAUAAAAAGUGUGCGUCCACCGAUCCCGUUUUGAACAGUUACCAACGACUGUUCGAGGACUUCAGUUCGGCCUCUGAGUAGCCUUUGCUGUGCGUUGAACGUGUGACAGUGCGAGUGGGUGCAAGUGCUCCCGGGGGUCUCUGAAGAGUGUGGGACAGUGUGUUAUAAGUAAAACAAAAAUAGCCAAACAAAAAAUAGCCAAAAUGUUUCUGAAAAAAGUGGUCUCGAUCCUGGUCAUCUGCAUAGUGGCCCAGAGUGCACUGGCCGAAGAAAGCAAGCCGACGGAGAAUGUUCUGAACGAGCUCAGCUGGUCCUGUGCCAACAACGCAACCUGCGUCGCCCGAGUGGCCCGCGAUGUGGUGCAGAAGCUGAAGAACGGAAAACCACUGGACUUUGGAGCGUUCGCGAUCGAACCGGUUGAACACAUCCCGCUGACCAUCGAGGGCCGUUCGUCCCGGGCUCUGGACUUCCUCAGCAGCAAUGCGCUCAAGUUCCCGAUCGGACCGAUGGUCGUCAACAUCGAACGCUCCUCCGACUAUCCCAACUUUAUCGAGGUCUCUUUGCUCAGAAAGGCCGAUGGAGCACGAGGCAGAAACCGCAAGCACAUGCGCUUCUUCGUGCCAGCAUUCUUGGUCUUCAGCCAAAUCGGCUGGUAUGCGCUCGCCAUCGCCGGGGUCAAGCUGCUCGCGAUUAAGGCCUUUUUAGUCGCCAAAAUUGCCCUAAUUGUCGUUGCAGUGAUGACCUUCAAGAAACUCAUGGAACCAGUCGCCGUCAUGCCACCGGCGUACUUUGACCAUCAGGAACCGUUCCUGAUGCCGUACAGCAUGGACUUCCACCACGGAUUCCCCGGCUCCGGACACGACAUGUACCCGAUGGGACUCGGCGCUCACCUGGGACACCACGACGGCCCAUCGGCUCUGCACGCCGCCGAAGGUGGACUCGGUGCCGCCAGCAACGUCAACGCCGUCGUCGACACGAACCAAGCUGCGGACAAGUCGGCCACCGUCGGAUCGCCAUCCAGUGGAGCGUCCUCGCCAGCGGCCAGCAACAACGACCAGCGUCAUCACUUCCCAGGCGGUAAGAUCAAGCGACAGGACUUUUACCCAACAGUGGCCCAGACCGGAAAGUACUACUAGAGAACAUCCAAAACAGAAGCCCUCCGAAGCGAAUAAGAACCAGUCAGUCAACUUGCAAUGUCGCGACCAUGUCGAAUGACAGUCGUUCGACAGACCAAUCGAGAGAAAACGAGAAGCCAAAGCCACCCGUUGUUGUGAGAAGAAGACAUAGAUUUCUACCUCCAAGUCCAAGUCGCGCCGCCACCAGUCCCUGAAUUGAACCUCCCAUCCCCCUCGAAAAAAAUAACGAUGAUUAUUUCCGGAGAGAGAUCAUACCCCCCCAAUCAGAAGCUGAUAUAGAACUGUUUAGUACGUAGUCAUAGUAUUUAUGGUGGCUUUCGUCCGAGCCCGUUUUUUACUGGUCCCCGAUUGAAAGCUUUCCAUUCUGUUGUAAAAUUGUUUUCAAUCGCCCCUCCGCUGUAGAAUGCUAUUACAAACUAAUUAUUUAUUUAUUUAUUAAUGAACUGGGAAAUUGAAAA